AUGUCUUUGAAUGUUGGCAUAUUAGGACACGUGGACUGUGGAAAAACUACUUUGACUAGAAUUUUAGCUGAACUUGCUAGCACUGAUGCUUUCGAUAAGCAUGCUCGUAACUCUGGUCGACAGAACACUCUUGAUUUGGGAUUCUCUACUUUGACCAUUGAUGGAAGAAGGUUAGCUUUAAUUGAUUGUCCUGGACACUCUUCUCUCAUCAAAGCUGUUCUUGCUGCGAGCUCAGUCCUCGAUAUGGCUUUAGUUGUCAUUGAUGCAGCCAAUGGAAUUCAGCCUCAGACUGCUGAGCAUCUCUUACUAUGUUCUAUAUUCUGCCCAAAUCAUAUUAUGAUAGUGUUGAAUAAAAUUGACUUGGUUCCCGCCGAUGAAAUUCCGAAUAUCAAAAAAAAGUUGUCUAAACAAUUGAAAACUCUUGAAGUUAAUCCGAAUUGUUUGAUUGUUCCUCUCAGUUUGAACAACAUAGAUCCAGAAGGUAAAAAGUUAUUACUGGAGUCUAUAAAACAGAGUUUGUUCGAACCCGAACGACAUAAUACUGGCAAGUUUCUAAUGGCUGUUGAUCAUUGUUUUGCUGUGAAAGGGAAAGGGACGGUGAUGACGGGAACGGUUGUGGAUGGAUCUAUAAGCUUGAACCAACAAAUCGAACUACCUCUGAUCAAGGAGAGCAGGAAAGUAAAAGGAUUGGAGUCGUGGAAAACAAAAGCUGAGAAGAUAAUGUUAGGGGAAAGAGCGGCAAUAUUAGUACAAAACAUAGAUUCUGAUCGUUUUUCCAGAGCCAUGAUUUGUGAGCCAGGUGUUUUGACUGAAAUACAAAGCUGUCUUUGCGACGUCAAUGCUAUAGCAUUUUAUAGAACUACCGUUACCUCAGGAACGAAGUUUCACAUAACUGCAGGCUUUGAAACAGUGGUAGCACAAUGCCAUUUUCUAAAACCAACGGAGAAUGAUGAAUAUGAAAACAUCCCUUCUUUGCAAAGUGAUUGUCUUGUUCUCAUGGAACUCGAACACCCUAUAUAUUCUCGCCCAGAUACGUUCUACAUAGCCUCUAAGUUAGAACAUCAAGGCAAGGGCUGCCGUUUUGCUUUUUAUGGUAAAUUGAGCAACAUAAGCAACAGCACCUCAACAAUCAAAAGAUUCGUCAGGAAAGAGAAGCGCGGUCAAGUGCAGAGAAUUGAAAACAAUCAAAGUCUGAUAUGUCAGUCGUUGUUCAAAAAGGAGACGAAGAUCAGCAUAUUUGAAGGAAUGUCCGUAAUACUGUCAACUGGAGAAAUUGGUAGAAUUGAAAGUGCAUUCGGAAAAACAGGAAAAACACGCAUUUCUUUCUCACAGCCUUUGGCUGAUACGACCAUUGCCACCUUUGAAACCAACAAGCGAAUCGAAGUGGUUUUGUACUUGAAGAAAUAUCAGCACGAUAAAAACAUGCUAUGUAAACUAAUUAGAUCAACACCUUCGGUUGUUUCUCUCCGGCUAAUCAGUAGAAGUUCAUUCUUAUACUCACGUGGGGAAGUUGAUGACGAUGGCUUACCGAAAGAUUACAAACUCAAAAAGUUGCGAGCUGGAAGCAGACGCUUAGAUACGUUUGUGAAUCGUGCCACAGGAAAGAGCAGCUCACAAGUAGAGAAGUUGGUCACUGGUGGUCGUGUUAGGUUGAAUGACGAAGUUUGUACCAAGAAAUCCUAUAAUGUACAACGUGAGGAUGUGAUCGACGUCUGGUCUGGACCCUUCCCAGAAAACAAGGAACUGGCUGAAGUAGAGAGAACUGAGAUUGUUGAUUAUGAAGUUACCGAUAAAGGCUACGACUUUACCGUUAAGUCUUGGAAGAAGUUCAUUGUGGACAAUUGGCGAGGAGGAUAA